AUGUCUCAACAACCGGACAUUGUUGUCUCUAUUGACUUUGGCACCACUUUUACGGGUGUUGGAUGGAAGGCGCCACGAACACCAAUCCAGGUAAUCCAUGAUUGGCCAGGUAGUGGAGAUCAAGGAGAGCGUAAAGUCCCAACAAAGCUGAUUUACAAUGCCGACGGUACGCUCUCAUCCUGGGGCUACCUCUGCGCUGAUGACGACGACCUUGACUACCAAGCAAACGGUGGCGAGCCUGCUGGCAAAACACGCUGCGAAUUCUUCAAAAUGUUUGUCGACAGUGAGAACUUGGUAGCUGCCCAGGACCAGGGCGUGGCUCAGGCCCCCAGAACAGUAGAAGAAGCGCGAAAGCACGCCACAGAUUACCUCACGCAGGUGUAUUACCACAUUAAGAGAUGCAUUGAAGUUCAGGUCGGUCUGGGAUCUGUCGCCGGUGGGUGGGCAAACAUGGCUGUGAGUUUUCUGUUUAGUGUGCCGACGACGUGGACACGAAUGGAAACGAUAAACUCCUUCAAGGGCAUUAUACGAGAUGCAGGAUUUGGUGUGGAAGGUCCCAAGCAUUCCGCACAAGUUGACCUGACAGAGGCCGAGGCGGCUGCGGUAGCGACACUCAAAACGAGUGCGCUUCAGUUUGAUCAGGGAAGCCUGUUUCUCACUCUUGAUGCUGGCGGCGGAACGACUGACCUUUCACUGAUGCGAGUGACAUCUACGGAUGCAAAUCAUCCGCAAAUGGCGCAGCUGGCCGCGGUCAAGGGUAUUGGCAUCGGUUCAACACUCAUCGACCGCGCUUUCGUCCGACUAGUCGACCAGAGGCUCAACACCUGGCCAGACGUGCGUGACAAGUUGCCGGACAACUGUGCAAUGAGAAUGGCGCAAGGUCACUAUUUCCGGACUGUCAAGCACAAGUUUGGUGAAAAAGUGUAUAUGCGAGCAAAGUUCAAGAUUCAGAUGGAAGGGGUCUCACACAACUUUAGUCAUGCGGGACUUGGUAUUGAGAAUGGGCGAAUGGUGUUUUCCCUACCGGAGAUUCAGGAGCUGUUUGAUGUCCAAAUCGACGGAGUUUGGAAGCAGACGACCGAACAGCUAAACUGGCUCAAAGACAACGGCAUUUCCGACCAAAAGUUUGUAAUUCUCUCAGGAGGGCUGGGAAGCUCGGCCUAUGUUCGACAGAGCAUUCAGCAGCAUCUUGUAAGCUUCCCACAUCCAAACGCUACCAAUGCAGUGGUUGUACCCUGCCAAGAUCCCCAACUCGUCGUCGUUCGCGGCCUCCUACUAGACCACCAACAAAGAAUGGAAACGGAAAACUUGUCUGUUCUGGCGACGAGGGUUGCACGUGCUAGCUACGGCAUUGUGAUGAAGGAAGCGUAUUCGCCGGCGAAACAUUUCGACGAAGAAGUCAUUCGAGAUCGGUUUGACCCUCGCCAGCGUUGGGCAGUCAAUCAAGUCAAAUGGAUGAUCCGAAAGGGUGAUCUCGUGGACCCGAACAAACCUUUGGUCAACCAGUUUGAGUUUCACCUGGCAGAGCGAGACACGACGCGAAUAUGGACCGCCGAGGUUGUCAUAUCUCCAAACGAGCCAUCGUUUCUGCCGACCAGUUUAAAGCAGGCUGGCGUCACAAGACUUUGCUCUGUGAGGAGCAACCUGGAGGGGGUCCAGCAGCACCAAUUGGUGCUCAAACAGAAACGAGGCACGUGCUUCAGCAAAGGCCACAAGUUUUAUAUUUGCGAAUUCGAGGUGCGCGUGAUUGUGGCGCCUGCCGAUUUGCAGUUUGAGCUGUGGUUUGGAGGCUACAAAUUCUCGGGAAACCAUGAGCCGGUAGGUGUCGUGUGGGAUGAAGCUGGGGCUCGGGUCAAGGCCGAGUAG